AUGUUUUUCAGAAAAUUGCGAUUAUCCCAGAUGCACAGUGGUCAAAAUGGUUAGUUAUUAGAUAAUGCUUAUAAAUACAAGUAUACAUUUUAUAAUAUAAGAGUACAUAAUAAUAUAUACUUAUUGAUCUAAUAUAUUAAACAUAUGUCAUAGUUUCAAGUUUCGAGUCUCUACGUGUAUUUAUAUAACCGAAUUACAGCAAAAAACUACCAAAAAUUAAAAUUUCUUGAAAGCUCAAAAGUGGUUCAAAAGUUUUUAAAAUAAUACCGUAAGAAAUUAAAUCAAUAAGGCAACAAAAAAAGUAUCUCGUGAUUUCUCGAUUAAAUCAUUAUUUCUGGUAGAAAACGUCGUCCGUGUUUUUAUAAAACAAUGAAAUCGCGAAGACGUAGGUAUCCUACGUUUUUCACCACUUAAGUGCUUUUAUUUGAAAAAUGGUUUCGAAAAUCAAAAGAUGGCCCAUUAUGUACAAUCAAGACAACUUGAGCUUUCAGAAAAGGUGCUACACUUAUACGUCGGAGAAAGUUUACUAUGAAAAAAAGUGUCCACAGACUAGAAAAAAAAAAUUAAAUAUACAGCAAUGUAAAACCAAUAGUUGCAUCGCUACGCUCGGAAUUUAAAACUAAGGUCCACAUUAGCGUUCGACAUCAACCUUCUCAUUGGUUUAUUGGCUAAAAAAGUUAAUAGUAGCAUGAGGAACAUAAAAUAGAGCCGUAGAUCUAGUGAGACGCUGACGUACCUCAAUAUAGAUUAUCUAUAUAUUAUAAUACAUCGGUAAUCAAAACGCAAUCCAUAUGCUAUUAUAAUCUAUUAUCAACUAGACCAAUUAGAUCCAGAAAAAUUCCACAGAGAUAUUCUACAAGUAAUUACGAUUAAUUUUGUAUACUUCAAAUAUGAAUAUAUAAUACUCGUAUUUGCAUGUUCAAUCUGUCGUCGCGCCCAGAGGUUGUCUUAGUAACGUGAAAAACUAUUACUAAUAAGCGAUAGUAAAAAUAUUAAAUCGUGUGUUUCAAUUGUUUUAGCUGUUUCGUCUAAAUCUGGUCCAUUUAAAUUUGUGAAAUCACCAUCCGAGAAAAAUAUUGAGAAAGACGUUCAAUGCUCUCGGUGCCACGAGUAUGGUCAUUUGUUUGGUUUAGCCCGUGCAAAGUUUGUUGAUGGAUAUAGAAUAUGGUCAUCGAAAACAGAUGUCGUUGAAGAAACAGGUAAUUAUGACAGUCCCUUAGUCAUUGAUAAGACAUCCAGACCAAUUAGAUCUGGAACACCGCCACAGAGAUAUUCACCAAGUGAUUACGAUUAAUUUCGUAUGCUUCAAAUAUGAAUAUGUAAUACUCGUAUAUGUAUGUUUAGCCUGUCAUAACACCCAGAGCUCGUCUUACCAACGUGAUUCGCGAUCACCAAUGAGCGAUACUAUAAUGACGAAAUCGUGCGUUUCAGAUGUUUCGGCUAAUUCAUCUAAAUCUGGUAUAUUCAAUUUUAUUAAAUCGCCAUCCGGGGACAAUGUUAAGAACAACGUUCAAUGCGUUUGGUGCCACGGAAAAAAUCAUAAGUUUGGUGAAAACUGUGAAAAGUUUAUGAAAGCCUACAAAAAAUAUUCAAUUGGAAAUGAUUUAGGAAUACAUUUUAAGUAUUUUUAA